AUGUCAAUGCUGCCGAGUGUCGUGAUCGACACUGGCUCUCUGUACCUAAAAGCGGGCCUCAGUGAUCAAUUGGAACCGCAGGUACAUGCGCCAAGUAUUUAUGGCGAUGUUAGAAAACGUUUUCAGAAAGAAAUGCCAAACGAACGCUUAUAUGGAAAUGAAUGCUUGCGCCAGCUUCCAUAUAUGUCAGUAACAAAUGUACUGGAUCACGGCCACAUAUUCGACUAUGAUGCUGCUAUUGGACUUUGGAAGUAUGCCUUUGAUAUGAUGGGCGUGGAUUCACGUGGAAAUUCAGUGCUCUUGGUCGAACCGGUAUUAUGUUCGCCCGACCAUCAUCUGAAAACAGGAGAAAUAUUCUUGGAAACGUUAGAAGUGGACGAAAUACACACUUCAAUAUCAGGCGUAUUAGCCAUGUACGGCAUCGGUAAAACAUCUGGGAUGGUUGUUGACAUCGGAGCCGGAAUGAUACAGGUUGUACCUAUGGAAGAGGGACACCUUGAAAAAAAGUCAAUCAGACGUAUUGAUUUCGGAGGAAUGGAACUCACAAUGUAUCUACAAAGGUUGCUAUGCGAACUUGGUUACCCAAUGACAUCAAGGGAGGACUUUGCUACCUGCCGCAAAAUAAAGGAGGAAUUGUGCUAUUGUUCCUUAGACCCAAGGGCAGACGAAAACAACCCUGAGGCGCUUGAAAGGGACUUCGUGCUACCAGACGGUCAGACGUUGAGGGACGGUGAGACCAAUACCAUUACUCUCUCUGUUGAGAGGUUCUAUGUAUGUGAAGCGCUGUUUAACCCAUCCAUCUUUGGAUCGGUGCAACCCGGACUGGCAAAAUUGGUCUGGGAUUCGAUCCAGGAUUCGGGAGUAACGCAACGCAGGCUGUUGAUGGACAAUAUAUACCUCUGUGGCGCUGGCUCUAAAUUUGAAAACUUGAAUGAAAGACUCAAGUUCGAGCUCCAAAAUCUAGCACCUCCAGGAGCAAGGUCUAACAUUGCAGUACGCGCAUCUAAAGAUCAACAUCUGCUAAGUUGGAAGGGUGCGUGCUUCCUCGGCACUCCCGAGAUACGGCACACUUACCAAAAGCAGUGGAUAACAAAGGCCGAUUAUGAAGAGGAGGGGCCUCGGGUAUUCUUACGUCAGAUGAUCAAGUGA